GUAAAGUUUCAAAGGAAUUUAAUCGUUCAGGUUUACCGGAAGAAAAAAAGUGGACGCAGAAUGUACUCGGAGAGUGGCAUAAGACCGAGAAAGAUUCACGGUUGGACACAUCCGAAUUUUUCGUCACCGGUUUUUAGAGUCAAGGAUGAGUUUGCUUUAGCGUUGCCAUUACGAAGCGGCUCAAAACCGAAGAGAAACCACACAGAAGUUGCGAAAAAUUUUCUAAAAGUUGUUUUACACAACGUUGAGAAUUAUUGUGAUAAGAGUACGCUACAUGGGUUGAAAUAUAUCGGGGAUACUUCACUCUCAUUGGCUGAGAGAUUUUUUUGGUCAUUGGCCUUUGUUUCAGCUUUCAUUUUUGCCUGUUAUUACAUUAAUAAUGUUUUCGAAAAAUGGAAUAGUAGUCCGGUUUUAGUAGCCUUUAACCCGACUGAUGCCACUUUUAAUCAAAUUCCUUUCCCAUCAAUUACUAUYUGUAACAUGAAUCAAAUAAAACGGGUCGAAGCUGAACGAAUCCUGAACGAACAAAAUCCAAUUGAGCGACAAUUAUUGAACGAUUAUUGCAACUUUAAGAAUAAUAGUCUUGAAACGUCCACCCAGUCACCAAGUUGGGACAUUACCCAGAAUUUUUUAAUCCGGGUUGGUCAGACUUGUUCCGACACUAUAAAAUCAUGCAUUUGGCAAAACGACAAAAUCAGUUGUGAGGAAUAUUUCAACAAUGAUUUAACAGACGAAGGCCUUUGUUGCUCCUUUAACCGUCUCCCUGCUGAAAAUAUUUUCAAAAAUCCUAACGAUUACACUUACCUCAACCAUACAUUUCCGAAACGAAUUUACGACUGGAGUCCUGAAAAGGGUUUCAAAAAUGACAACGACGGCGAUUUGGGAACUAUUCCCAUCAGACCCAGCGGCUCGGGGACCCAUCUGGGUUUGUCAAUUGUCGUGGACGCCCAAACUGAUAAUUAUUUCUGUUCCUCGACCAACAGUAUCGGAUUUAAAAUUAUGUUAUCGAAUCCGAUUGAGACGCCCAAAAUUCAAGAUUAUGGUUUUUUGGUAAGUCCCGGAGUUGAGGUGCGGUAUGUCAUUCAACCGGAAAUCCGGGAAGCAACUAGGUCGUUGCGGUACGUCGACGUGGGAAAAAGGCAAUGUUUUUUUCAGGACGAACGUCCGUUGAGAUAUUUCAGGAGUUACACGAAACGGAAUUGCAGACUUGAGUGCCAGUCGAAUCACACUUUAAGGAAAUGUGAUUGCAUCCCUUAUUACUUACCAAAAAAUAAAAAUGUUCCUGUUUGUGGCAAACGGGACGAGAAGUGUACAAGUCAGGCCAAAGAGGACAUGGAACUCAUUUAUGGGAACGGUUCGAGUUGUAAUUGUUUGGCAAGUUGUUACGAAAUGAAUUAUGAGGCAAGCGCAACUUCCAGUACGUUGUACCAAAUCUCAAGAAAUCAGAAUUUGGAGAAUGUGACUAAUGAAUAUUUCGUGAAGAACAUGGCCGUGCUUCAUUUCUUUUUCAAAGAAAGUCGAUAUCGACGACAAAUUAAGAGUGAAAUUUACGGUUUCACUGAAGUUUUAUCGAAUGUUGGCGGCCUUUUAGGUCUUUGUCUCGGUUUCAGUAUUUUAAGUUUGAUUGAAAUUUGUUAUUAUUUGAGUUUGAAAAUAUUUUGCGAGUUUAUACAAACCCGGAAAAAGAAACAGAAAAAUAAGGAAACAAACGAAAAUUUUAACAAUAGUGUUAUACCAUUUGUGAGAUAGCAAGAACCGGCUUGCACUGAUAAAUAAAAAGUUAUUUCAGCCCACAAAAUGUCACUUAUAUGGUGUCAAUGAAUUACACAUACAAUAUUUCAAAAAUAAAAAAAUAUAGUGUUCCAUUGGUGGCAUUUUCGUGCAAAAAAUGUGGUCAUGAUGACAUUUGUUAAAUACAACUAAUAGACCUGAUGUAAAAACUACUCCACUCCUAUAAUCAUUAAAAGAAUUACAGGGUGUGCAACGUAUAUUUGUCCACCCAGUAUAUCAAAGGAUGUGUUAUUGUCAAGAUUGAGACUCCUUUACACAUACUUACGAUUAUUAUUUGGCAUAAUAAUAAAACAAUAAAUAUA